UAGUUGCUCAUUCACUUUUGAACACCUAACUUGUACGUUGAUGUUCGCGGCAGUGACAGUGAAUUUGUUGGCAGUUCAUUUUGACAAUCGCUGUGUGAAAGUUGUAUGAAUUUCGCAGCUGAUUGUUUAUUUACAAUAGAAAAUUGCAAUCGUAUAAACUUAAUUUUAUAAAUAUUAUUAAUUGUUUAUUAACUAACGUGGUCAUAAGACAAUUAAAAAAUUACGAUUUUAAAAUAUGUCGACGACGAAGUUUGUAAAUGAAUUUUGUGAAAUUAUCGAGACUUACGGCGGUCGAGAUAAGGUGAUGAAGGCACUUUGCUACAGCGCCAAACUUGUCGCCGGCUAUCAUGCCAAACGCAAUCCGGAGUUAGCCAAACGUUAUGCCAUCACCAGCUCACGCAUUUCAGGCGCUCGUGCCACUCUCCGUCUCAUCGAUGACAUUCCCAUGAUCCAAUACGCCUUGGAGUACGGCUUAGGCGAAGGGGAACCAGACCGUCUAAUGGCAGUGCUGGGUGUCACAGCGAAUAUUGUGGACUUACUUUAUUACCCAAUUGAAAAAAUUUGUUGGCUGUCGGACAACAAUAUACUCGAUGUAAAAAACGCUGAUGCUUGGGACGUGCUUAACUCAACGUUUUGGGUACUUUCCGUCUACUUGAAUUUAAUGAGAACAAUGCGCAAUUACGCAUUGAAUCAACAAAAGGUGAACGCUUCGAACGUUGCUAACUCUAGUGUGGAUGAAAAAUUACUUAAAAAGCACCGCCUGGAAUUGCUCUCCGUUCUACGGCUCUCACUCGACUUCACCCAGGCCGUCAGCACUCUGCCUAAAGGCUACCUUUGGGGCGGCAAGCUGUCCACAAUUCAAGUGGGCGCGAUCGGCACACUCUCGGCGGCUAUUGGCAUUUACCAGCUCUUUGCCAAACGACGUUUAAAUAAAUAAAAAAGGAUACGGUUCCUACAGGCACACCUACACAUGCCUGCUCCUUUCGAAACAUAUCACCUUAGCACAACUAACUGUAUUUUACGUGUACACUGUGCUGCGUAUUUGUUGGUUUUUAUUCCUCAAGUUUUAGUUUAAUCCAAUUUUGUGUAUUUGUGAUGGGUAAGCCGCCCAGCGCAUAGAAGAAAAGCAAAAGUGUGCUUACUUACAUUUUGUAUUUGUAUAUGUUUACUUAUGCCUAAAGCAUUUAGGUAAUUUUUACGUGAAGUCAAUGUAACUCAAGGCAAUCAAAGACAGCGCAACUAUAUUGGCCUUCUUGAACGUUUAAUCAUCGUGUAAUAGUUUUUCUCGGUAUAAUUAAUAUAUGUAUAUAGGAUAAGAAUACACACUAUAUAUUAUACGAUAUUAUAUAUACAUGUAUGUAAAUGUAUACAUAAUGAUGUGAUAUGGAAAUAAUGUCUGCAGGAAAAGAAAGAGUAAAAUUAUGAAAAAAAAAAUAUUAAAUUGUG